AUGAACUUCAACUUCGGCGGAUGGAAGAGCUCUAAGGCUGUUUAUUCGCAUGCCUCUAUCAAGAGGCUCGCCCUUCAUCUUUCUGGCCACGCUCUCGGACUACCCCAUGCCAAGCUGAAUCAGUGUCCGUUGCCAUGGAAGAAGGAUGAAGUGGAUCGGGAGUGCAAGUCUCCCAAUGCCGAACUGCUCACGGGCGCCAAAGGCUGUGAACAGCUACGGGAUCCCGAGUCAAUCAUGCAUUACGAUCUCCCUGCUCGCCUAACCAACGGCAGCACCGACAUACUACAGGGUGGGUGUUUCAUAGACCAAGAGGCUCGAAGUCUUGUGCAGUCUUUGUACCCAAAGGUUUUGGAAGCUUUCUUCUUUCAAUGCGAUACACCUGACGCCUCGCUAUUCCCAGACUUCAAGCCGGGAGCAAAAAUGGCCAGCGCCCGACGCUUAUUCGACACGUCUUGUACCGCCAACAUCGUGACUGGUAUCCGUAAGGUGGACAUGGGCCUUGAUGCCAACUUCCGCUUCAAAUCAGAAGUCUCCGACAUCAAUGAAGGCGUGGGUUACAGUAUCGACAUAGGAACGUGGCUCGAGACACACCUGAACGCAGCCAUAUGCAACGUUCUUUCCUUUAAACCGGCGGAUGAAAGAGUUCGGACUGGAAACGUCAGAUGGGACGGUCUGGCUGGUGAAAACGAGCGCUGUCAACGCCAGACCUUUGCAAAACCGUUCAGCCAGACCCCGAGUGUCGUUGUCUUCAUCAGCUCGUUUGACACUGAUGAUAAAGAGUUUUUGCGUAUCGACGUGGCGUCCUCGGAUGUGGAUAGAAACGGGUUCACAGUGCAUUUGAAGACCUGGAAUGAUUCAAGGAUUUACAAUAUCACGGCCUCUUGGGUUGCCCACGAGCCAGAUGAGUGGUCCAUCCGCUCCGGACCUCUCGACAUUGCGUUCGAUCAGCGUCGGACAAAGAGCGUGAAACUUACAAGAGACUACGUCUUUCCAAUGAAGGAGAAGCCUGCCUGUCUUUUCUAUGCUUUUUCACAUAUUGAUGUGAAGCCCGACAGAAAUCUCCAAGUAGAUCUGUACGCGACUUGUGACGAGAAAAGGGUGUCCGCAGAAUUCAACACGUGGGAUGAUGAGGAUGGCUUCUUUCAGUGCAAAGGGUGCUAUGUUGCGCUUGCUCAGGUUUGA